UGUGAUCGUGUUGUGAUUGUGUUAGUAUAGUGUCUGGUUAAGUUUUGUUAAAAUGAUCAAGAAACAAUGUAGGAUAUUAGUAAACAUCUGAUCGAGCAGCUUUAUAAGCCAAGGAUUACCAAUCAUUGUAAUGUGUUGAUCAACAAAUUAACAAAUAUUUACGUAGCACGUAAUGAACAAUAACAGUGAAAGAAUUGUUGAAAGCAAACAGAAAUUAAUAACAAUAAAAAAAACGAUAUUCAAGUGUGGCAAAAUAGUAACAAUUCAAAGUAUAUAAAAUCAAUGUUAAUGACACAGUUCUAUCAUAAUAAUUAAAAACAUUAAUUUAAAAUCAAAAAUAAAUAAUAAAAAAAACUUCUCCGCUAAAUCAUCAAUAAAACAUACGGGACGGCCCAAUGUACAACAAUAUAAUAAAUUAACAAUUAAUACACAUGAGCACGAUCAAAAACUCACUCCAUCGGUAAGCCUAAUCACAAUAUAAAUUUUAAUGUGAGAAAAUUGCAAUGCAAAUUUUUCAAUUAUUGUGAUUAAAGCAUUCAUUUUUCUUUGCUACUUUUUUUUAUUCAUUUUUUUUUAAACAAAAUGAUUAUCGUCGAUUAUGUGCUAAUUGUUGUUAACAUUGAGCAGCCAUGACCGUUUUGAAUAGUGCGUGCAAUGUGCAUACGUUUUUAUUUAUUUAUUAUAUAUUUUCAGCCAAUUACGGUUCGUGUUUAACGAUAACAGCGAAAAGUAAAAAUGUGAACAUUUUGAAGCUGUCUCUAAAAGUGUGAAAAAAACCAACGGAGAAAGAAAGAAAAAUAACAGAAAAUACAAAAAACCGUGGUGUGUAUACGUUAAAUGCCAAAUAAAACGGUAAUAAAUAAAGUGCAAAUAGCCAAGGGGUAAAAACUUUAUGUUUUUUUUCAUCGGUUAAGUGUUAAAUAUGUGCUAAGUGCUGCAGCCACAAAUAAGAUAUAUAUACGAAUAUUACAUGCAGAAAAAAAUAUAAUUGUUGACUCGUUUAAUGAUACACUACAGUGUUCGGUGGCGACACGUUAUUUAGACAGUAGAAGUAGUAGCUCCUUUUUUAUUAAACGUAAUCAUACCCCGACAUGUAAUAAAUAUCAACAUCAAAAAAACACAAAAUAAUAUUUCAAUAUUAAACGGUGUGUUUAAAAUUAAAUUAAACAAAUUUUUUCAACACUUCUCGUCAAAUGCAAAUUCGUAACAUUUGAAUGAACUACCGAGUUUUGUUUUGAAUAUUUGCUGAAAUUGGAUAAAUGCAGAGGGAAAAUCAUAUUACAUUCUAGCAUUCAUACAUAGAGAUUGCCAAACCUAAAAAUGAAGUGAAUUGCAAUUACAAAGUUGAAAUUACCGCAAGCAGUGUACGAUUUAAGUGCUGCAACCGGUGACGACCGAAAUAACAAUUGCUGAAAAGGACCGCGCAGUAGACGAGACAAUUUUCGAAACGAACAACAACAGCCAGAAUAUACAACAAAAACACCACACUGCAACAAUGGCAGAACAAGAACAUUACAGCCUUCGGUGGAAUAAUCACCAAAAUCACAUCUUACGAGCUUUUGAUACUCUGUUACAAUCAAAAACUUUAGUUGACGUGACAUUGGUAUGUUCAGAUACAAGCAUAUUUGCACAUAAAGUCGUGUUGUCGGCGUGUUCUCCAUUUUUCGAGAGGAUAUUCGCUGAAACACCAUGCAAACAUCCAGUUAUUGUGCUUAAAGAUUUUAACGGUAGUACCAUACGAACGAUUGUCGGUUUUAUGUAUCGCGGACAUAUAAGUGUACGACAAGAAAAACUUAAAGCUUUAAUGCAAGCCGGUCAAUCGUUACAAGUGCGCGGACUAGUCGAUCAUCCAAUGUCCGAAAAUACACCAACACCCGUCGACUCACCCGAUGAUUUUAUGGAUCCGUCGAUAAUAUCGUCACCCUGUUCGCCGGCACUGUCUACAUACGACGAUCAUCCGUCAAUGAUUCAAACGUCUUCGUCAAAAUUGCUAUGUGCAAACCGGCAUGUAUUUGUGGACCGUUCGAUAACGAACAACAGCACUGAAGUACCAGAAACAUGUACAUCACCGAUGCCUAGACGAAAACAGGCAAGGCCCAGACGUCGAUCGGGUGAAUGUGGUCCGUACGAUUUGACAAGAAAAAGUAGUACGCCGGUUCCAGCUUCAGUGAAUGAUAACGAUGUCGAUAAUGUUGAGGAUGAGGCUAAAGCCGAUAAGGAAAAGGAAAAAGAAUUGGACGACGAAGAGCGACCCGAAUCGAGUUUAGACGAUGAAAUCGAAAAUCUUAAUAUGAACGAAACGGAACAGGACAAUGAACACGAAAAUGAGAACGAACAUGACAAUGACAAUGACAAUGAACAGGAACCAGAACCCGAACCGGAUGCAGAACAGGAUCCAGAACAGGAACACGACAUGGACGAACGGAACGAAGAUAUCGACAGUAGUGAAGUACCGGAAGAUUUGUGCACAAAAAACGCGUUAAACAAUAAUAGUGAAAGCUUAAAUAACAAUAACAAUAAUAGAAUAGUGCUGUCGCUCAAAGACAUACGGCAUUUGAACCGUUCAUCCUAUCGACCGCAUCCGUACGGUGGUGGUGGUCCACCGAAUCACAGUGACUUUCCGCAUCCAAAAAACCACAAUGCAAAUUCGUUAGUGCAAUCCGAAAAUAUGAAACGUGAAUCGAUCGACGGCCGAUUAGACGGCGAUAAUCCGUUUCUGGAUCAAAUGGAUCUGACAUUAGCCGCUCAUCACCACAAUAUGCAGAUGCAGAAUGCUCGGCAUGAGAUGGAGAAUAAUAUGCACAAGGAGUACACACCCAGUUCACCGAUGAGCUUACCAUCACAUUUUAAUCCACGAGACGGAUUACCGCAUCCACCAUCACCGUUACAGUUUCCCGGUAUGCCAUCGGCUCUGACGCUUACACCUCCGCAUCACAUGUUUGGCUUAGACUCCCCGCUACUGUUUCCACCGGGAAUGGAUCCAGCGAAAAUCUACAAUCCACUGAUGGAAAUGUCGGAUCCGCGAGGUAUGCAUCCCGAUCAUCACGGACCAUUUCUCAAAAAGAAAAUGACUCGUCCGAAAGGCCAACAUUCAGCACCUCGCGGCGGACCACCCCGUUCUUGGACGAAUGCCGAAUUGACCGAAGCACUACAGCACGUUUGGAACAAAAAGAUGACCACCAGCCAAGCAUCCCGUAUCUUUGGCAUUCCCUACAAUUCGCUACUGAUGUACGUUCGCGGUAAAUACGGAAAAAGUUUAAAAUUGGAACAACUACGAAAAGACUGUAUCAGCGGCCCGCCCAUCGAACUCCUAACGAUGGGCAUGGGAGCGCACAAUAACAACAACAAAAUGGAUCGCAACAAAGAGCUCAAAGAGCUGGACGGCGGCCCAUUACAACGAAGUUCGUCAUCCGAACCAGACCUGCUAUCCAGCCCGAACGCAAUGUUCAAUCCAUUCCCGCCGGGUUUCUAUCCAGACUUUUCAGGCGGUUUUCCCGGUUUACCAUUGAGUAUGUUGAAUCUCUUACCGCCCGAUCGACAUCCACCAUCGAUGCAUAUGCCAAUGGAUGAGGAUUGUAAAAGUGAUCGGUCAAAGCAGUCGCUGGAAGAUGAUUUUCCGCAGCCACUGACGUUGACUAGGGACGAACGACGGGAGAUAUUACAGCAGAAUGGACAGGAUUGAAAUAUAAUGAUGAGAUUUUGGUCUCUGUUCAAAUGAAAAAGGUGAGUGUCGAAGACGAGUGGUGAAUUUUUGAUGUUGUGAAUAGAACAUCGUGCUUGGAUCAUUUUCCGAUGAAAUUUUAGUAAAAAUAAGUUGGGAAAAUGAUGCGUGAAGGGCAACUGUAACGUGAUGCAAUAUUUAAAACAAAAAAAGAAAAGAUAAAAAUGAACACACACAAAAAAAAAGUUUAUUUAUUUAUAGACAACAAUUUAGUGGUACAAUUAGUUUUUCAUGUUAUAUCGGAAAAUUAAAAUUAAAUAAAUUUAAGGAAAAAUCUGUGUAAAAGUGGGGCAAUAUUUUUAAAUGAAAUGUAUUGAUAAAUAAAAAAAAGAUAAAAAAAUGAAAACAAAAAGAAAAAUUAAUAAAAAAAACUUGUAUUUAAGAGAGCUACUUAUACUCAUAUUUUUAAUUCGUAAUUUUAAAAAACAAAAAAAAAACUAUUUAAUAGAAAAGUGAACCAAAAAAUAAUUACCAGAAAAGGAAGAAAAAAAAAUUAUUAAUUGUAUCUAGGAAGAGACAUUUCAAUCGAAUAAUUAAUUACGAAAAAAGUGUGUUGAGGAACGUCGACGUAGCCAAUGAUACAAAAUGAAAAUAAAGAAGAAAUAAAUUUAAAAAAUCUAAAAAAAAACUGGAAAAAUGCAAAUACUCAAUCAUAAAGCACAAGUGACUAGAGAUAUAUAAAAAACCAACAACCCCCGAAUCCAAUCGAUUUAACAAAACUUAAUCUUAAUUUUAAUCAAAUUCCCAUUUUCUUGUUAAUUUCAACGAGUGAUGUAAAUAAUUUUGUUAAAAUGUUGGUAAUUCUUCCUAAAAUUUCUUUUUUUUUGUUAUUGAGAAAACGUUUUUCCUUUACAGAAAUAUAAAUGCAUCCGAUUUAAGCGUAACUCUUGUUCUUCCGUAUAUCGUUAACAGAAAGUAUCGUAAAAUAAGAUUUUAUUAUUUUUUCACCCAAUUCUAAUUACUGGUUAUCGACUUGUUCAAUAAACAAACCGAAUUAUUUUUUAAAGUUUUCUUUUGUUUUUUUCAUAUUGUACACAAUCACUGAGUCAGAAAAAAAAUAGCAGCCAAUGAAGGACCCAUUCGUACUUAGAAAAAAACUAACCGACAAGACUUCGGAACGGUUUCAUUACGAUUUCUUAACAGGUGGUUUAUUUUGAGAAAGACCCACCGGAAGUAGUAGAAAAUUCGUAAAACUUUACCUAGGAUUUUUUACAACAACUUUCGCAUCUACUUCGAAAGGCAACCCGGACUCAUUGCAUACCUAAUUGUAAAAGUGAAAAUUUUCCUGAGGAUUUUUUACAACAAAAUUCGCAACUACUUCAAAAGGUUCUGAAAAAGUGAUUUUAAAUAUGUUUACAGUAUGAAUCAAAUGUUGUCGCGACUGCAAAGUCUGCGCUUAAGAGCGCUCACCCCUUGGCAAUUUUCUUAAAAGUAACACAUUUUUGCAUGCUUUAACGGUUUUACUUUUUCAAAAAAAAGAUUUUAGUUCAGCAAAAUCAUCAAAAAACGAAUAUUUUUGCGCACAAAUGUAGGCUAGAAAAUUGCCAAGGGACGAGCGCUCUUAAAAUAUGGUUGCAUGACAUGGACAUGGGCAGUAGGUUGGCUCGAUUUUACUAACUUUUAAAUCCACAUCCAGCGCUUUGUGUCCAGCUGGAAGAAAUUAAACUUGUGGCAUCAUUACUUUUCCGUUGCCACACACUUAUGAGUAUCCCACGUGAAUUUAAAAAUCUGAUUUUUUAUAUGGAAAAUCGAUUUUUCAUACGAACUUUAGUCAUCCGUGGGAUACUCAAAAGUAUGCGGAAACAAAGAGGCAAUGACAAGAGUUUAGUUUUUUCCUGCUACACAAAGCGUUGGAUGUGGAAUUUAAAGUUGGAGGAUAGGUAUUAGCAAUUUACGUACAUCAUUUGUUAUCGACUGCAAUGACACAAAAAAUCAAUGAAUAUUAACUUGUGUUUUCUUUAUAUAAGGGAACAUGUGAAAACAAGUGAAGUAAAAGAUUUUGUUUCAACCACUAAGAAAUCGUUUAACCAAUAGAAGUUAGGACUAUUAGGACUAUUUUUGGAAGUGUAUUUCCUAAUAUUUUCCUAUGUUUUAACGAAUUUUCACACGCUUUUCCAAACGGUUUCCCACAAAUUGUCUAUGGAAGUAACAGAUUUAACAGACAUAAGAGUUCAAGCUCUUUUCACUGCAUGAUAUCAAUUUUUGACUCCUUCACAACAUUUUUUUUCCUUUACAUCAAAUAUGUUUGUUAAAAAGGAAAUGUGGAAUAAACGGAAAUGUUUCUCGUUUUUUAACAUCUUAUUUGCGAUUCAAUGGAACCGUCAAUCGAAGCUCUUAAUAACCACUUCAUGUUUCCAACUCAUCUUUUUCUUAGCUGUACAAAUUGGGUCCUACAAUAUGCGCGAUAUAAUACUGCUUCAAUGCAACCCAAAUUGCAACCACACAAUUUAAUUAGAAUUCUAUGAAUAGAAACAAAAUACAAUAACAAUACAGGGUAUAUAUAAUGCAAUGUGUAAAAAAAGACAACAAAAAAAUGAUUUAAAACGAAAAAAAUUAACAUAAAAAAUAGAGAAAUAAAAACUGAAAAAAUUAAAAAAAGAAAAAAUCAUUUUCAGCCAUAGGACACAAUCUAUGGUAGCAAGAAAGAGAUUCGUUUCAUUCCUACUACAGUAACAUUAUGAACAGACGUUUUUUUUUAUUACUGAGAAAAUUACAAAGAAUUGAAAAUUGUAGAGAAAAUUCUUUAAAUAGAAAACAAAAAUAUGAAGUAGAAUGCAAUUUGGAUAGCAUGACGCCAUCUAUAGAGCAAAUUUUCUAAAUUCCAACAUUGGAUAAAAUUGGCAAAACAACAUUUUCUUUGAUAUAAAAUAGAAACAGAAGCUAAAAUGAUUAUAAAAUACAUCGGUACCUUAACACUCGAGAAGAAAAAGCAUAAAACUAAAAAAAAAUAAAAAAUAUUAUUUGAUAUAUGACAUAAGACUGAGGAAAUUAAUUUUGAUUAUUACCAAGUUUAUCGGUUAGCCAAUUUCUUUUUUGUAAUUAUUAAGUUGCUUUUCACCGACCAACAACCCACUACAAAAGCCAAACAUUACAAAGAAAGAAAACGAAAAGAUUAACAGCAACCGCCCCAGUUUAGGUUCCAGACAAAAUUUAAAAUUCUUGAGAAAAACUCUGUCCGCAAUAACUAAAUAUACAACACAUUACCAGUGACCACUUUUUAUGCCGAAUAAAUGUGUAGUGAAAUUGAUCUAACUGGAUGGACUUUUUCGGUUAGAAGUUUUUUUUAGAUAUAGUCAUGAACACCUAAAAACGCCACUGUGUCAUCAAUUAUUUGUUUGUGGAACAACGCGGAAUAAUAAAAAUAAGACAUUGAGAACAUAUCGGCACUUUCAGGUGUGCAUGACUGUAACUACAAUUUUUUUGGCCAAUUCGUAAGCGAAAAGAAUGAAAUAAUCGCCAAGGAAAGUAAAAUUGAAAGCGGCAUAAUUAGCUGGUGUUGUAUGUAUAUCGACAAAUCAAUUUAAAAUUAAUAAAAACAGACGAAAAACAGAAAGAAAUAGAAACCGCAACACUUAAUAACAGUAUAUAAACAGAUCCUACGAAAGUUCCUGAGUUUUACUUAGUUUUAACAUUGUAAUACCUGCUAAAGGUUUGUUUUCAAAUAUUUUGAUUUUGAUUACUUUUUAAUCUACUAAACACUACAGCAACAAACAGACAACUAAACUACAAUAAUCCUAUAUUGAAAUAAAACAUUGUUAUAAAAAUAGAACUGGUUAUAUUUUACACUUUUUUACAGCAGCAAAUAUAUACGAAAAAUGAAUAAAAUGAAUAAAAUAAAACUAUAAAAACCAAAUCGAAGAUGAAAUAUAAUUUAUUUUUUAUACUAACAAUAAACAGUAAACCGAGCACAUAAUUUUUUGAUCAAAUAGACAAAGAAGAAAAUUAACUAAUUUUCUAAACCGAUAAUAAAUUGCAGAUUACGUUUAAAAAUUCUUCUCACAUUCAACAUCUUUAAAAAUUCUUAAUUUUUAAUUAUCAAUUCACCCUCCUUAGUUCUACAAACCAGAAAAAAAAUCUUUUGCGUUUAAUACAGUUUCAAUCAUAGAAAAAAUGAAGAAAAAGGUUUGUAAAAAUGGUAAAAAAUAACGUGUCGUGUAUAGAAAAUUCGAUUUGGAUGUCUAAAAUUAUAUUAAAAUCAUAAAAAAUUGAAAAAAAAAGUUUAAAUAAAUAAAUGUUUAGAAAUGAUCAAUGAAUUUUCGGAAGAUUUUUUAACAAAAAUGGAAAACAAAAGUUUAAAAAAAAUUAAAAUUAAAAUCAGGAAUUAAAUGACAGAUCAAAAAAUUCAAAAAAAAAAAAUUUUUUUCUUUAGAAAAAUAAAUGAAAAACAUUUCUCUACCUUUCGUUCACAAAACAUAAAAAUAUCUUCAACAAUGAAUCGUUUCAUUGAUUAGAAACUGAAAAUAGUUGAUGGCCAAGAAAUUAAAAAUUAAUUU